AUGCCCAAGGCCGAAGUAGGCAGCACAAAAUGGGUAGGAAACCAGAUGAAGAGUCGGGGUUUGCAGCGCUUGCGCUGGUGGUGCGAGCCGUGCCAGAAGCAGUGUCGCGACGCCAACGGCUUCAAAUGUCACGUCCAGUCGGAGGCACAUGUACGGCAGAUGGCUGUCGUCGGUGAAGACCCGCGGAAAUACAUUGCGAACUUCAGCACCGAUUUCCAGCGCGACUUUGUCUGUUUGCUGCGGACAGCUCAUGGAGAGAAAUGGAUCAGCGCCAAUAAGUUCUACAAUGAGUACAUUCGCGACAAGGAGCAUGUCCACAUGAACGCCACAAAGUGGAGUAGCUUGACGGAGUUCACGAAGCAUCUCGGAAGGGAAGGCAUAUGCCAUGUCAAGGAGGACGAGAAGGACGGCUUGAUGAUUGCGUGGAGGGACACAAGCGCUGCAGCAGUCAAGCGGAAAGAGGAGAUCGCCGAGCUCGAGGCGGCAGAAGCAAGGAGUGGCGCUGGUGAGGACAAGAUGCUGAAGAAGAUGGCGAAGCGUGCACAAGAAGAAGCCGAGGUGAAGAAGGCUAUCGAGGCGAAGCGCGCUGCAGCUACGGCAGCUAUGGCGCAAAAGGAGAAUACCACACCACCCACCGAGGGUGGCUCAUCAACCGAGGACAAGAAAGUUGACUCGCCAGUCGAUGAUAUGGUAGGAGUAAAGAAGGAUAGCGAAGAGCCAAAGGCAGAACCUGCGCCUGUUAAGUUGAGCUUUGGGAUGAAAGCCAAGGUUCCGCCACCGAAUAAGGCAGGACUCGGGCAAAUGAAGAGCCAGAGCAUCUUCAAGCGGAAGAAGGAUGACCUGGAGCAGAAGCCAGGCAAGAAGGUUAAGCUCUGA